AUGGCAACCAACGAUCCGCACGAGAAAGAAGGUACUGAAGGAAACCUCGUGUUUGAAUGGGGAUUGAUAAAUACCAUAGUAGUAUACCCUGUGCUUCUGGAUCUUAAGAAAAAGUAUGGUGGUGUCGUUCAUCUUCAAACGGUGCUCAAUGAACUACAAGAGGUCAUUAUCAGCUCCUACGAUCGAACCGUGAACCUGCGUACUGUGAAGGGUACUUGGAUGAAACGUAUCAAAGCUUCGGCUGCGAAUUUGGAUGUGCAACUGGUUGAAGGAUCAUCCAUUUCAUGGAGCCGAAUCGAAGAGGGUUUACAAACCAAGGAUGCAGAGAAGGACCCCAGCGAUAUCUUAUCAUCAACUACAUCAUCCGGAUCUUCUUCAUCUUCCAACAACAGCCUCAAGACCCUGUUAUCUGAAAAAGACAAAAGCGCUAUACGAGACAUGUUCGACAACCUAGAUAGGUCCAAGUUUUGGAUCCUUGAAAGCACCAAGCGUCGUGCAGCUGCCGAAAAUCAAGUUCCUGAAGCUGUCGAGGAUAAGUUGCGGCGGUUUGCAUUGGAUUGCAAUUAUGCCCACCUUUGUCACUCAAUGAUUAUCGAUCUUGAUGAUUUGAAUUGGGCAGAAGUUUUUACCGAGGAGGAGCUGGAUGAAAUGUGUGAUUUUGGUGAUCCAGUGCUGCGGGAGCUUCCAGCUGGUCUUAAUGAUGCAUUGGCAGAGCUACAAGAGAAGACAUCGGCUUUGGAUGCAUUUUUCUUUGCCCAGCAAAUGCGUUGUCAUCCAAUUGAAGACCCAAUCUUGACAUGGCUGCAGCUGUCGGUGAUGACCACUGCUAGGUUUUUCUUGAACCAAUCUACGUCAUAUAUGGAUACCUUUCUUGAAAGCGACAAGCUUUACUAUCUGUGGAGCUUUGUGAACAGCAUCCACCAAGGCACCAGUAUCCAAGCAAAAGGCAAGGAGAAAUCCAGCAACGCCAACGCCACCGCCCGCAAUGCCAAGCGAAAGCUUUCGGCUGUUGAAGGGAUCGAUAACAAGAAGAUGGGAAGGAAAAUGGAUACCGUGUAUGUAGCAAGCGACAUUGAGCUGGGUUGUUUGGAGAUCAAGGGUACAGUGGAUGACACCAAGGAGAAGGAAGACUCGAGAGUGAAGAUGCCAGUCGUCAUGCGGGACAUGUUGUUGCAAGUUGUUGACAAGAUGCCAUCAAUGCUUCGGAAAGCCCACAUAGUUGGAUACCAUAUCAACGGGAACAUGAUCAGCAUGCUUGAUAUGGAUGUACCCAAAGGCUACAUAACCCGACUACGACGUAUAAAGGAGUUGCAAUACCCAACGGUAUCAGAGGACUAUGUCCAACGUAUAGUGCCACUUCUUCAACUUGCUGCUCAUGGACAAGCAAUCAUGGAUACCACUAUCAAGCAAUAUCGUCAGGCUCCCAUGCCUUUGACUAUAGCAACUGGUAAACGCUCGACCAUGCUUCCUCCAUGUUUCAUACCCACACGCUCGUCAUCCACCACGCCGUCAUCAUCAUCAUCAUCAUCAACUACGCCGUCAAAGAAACAUCGAUAA